AUGGAGACCACUGUAGAACUUGAAUCGUACAUGAAGACCGGUUUCAAAAUUGCUCGUCGCACCAAGGACUCAAAUUCCAUUAAAAGUUUGCUAAAACAUUUUGAAGACUCUAUACAAGAGUUGUACGGUAGCAGUCGGCGGCCCUCAAACGCUGCCAAAAAAUUACCCGUUCCUACUGCUCUGCUAUCAAAAGAUCUGGGUAUUGAACAAAUAGACUUGGACGACACGUCUAGCAGUUCGAGUUCCUCGUCCAGUCCGAUAGCAGCAACAUCCAAAUCCAUCAUAGAAGUGCGCUCUUCCCCACCGCCCACAAUUACAUUGGAGCAGGCCAAAUCUGAUCCUGUCAUAAAUAUUGACUCAGAUUCUGAAUCAGAAAUAGAAAAGGUAGAAGCAUAUUCCUGUUGUACUUGCAAAGAGAGUUAUGUUCUGAUGGGAAAUAGUCUGGUAGAAUGUUUGGAAUGUCAUUCCAUGUAUCAUCAGAACUGUCAUAACCCGCCAAUAAUAGACAUAAACCUGAAUGACCCCAGAAUUGUUUGGUACUGUAUCAAUUGUAGACAGAAAGACUCGCAAAAAACUGAUUCACGUUCAUCGGGAAAGGAAAGCAAGAAAAGUUCUUCUAAGAAUGCUUCUAAGGCAGAAGGUUCUAAGUCCAGUAGUAAAAGCUCACAAGCCAAAUCAAGUUCUAGCAAAACUAAAUCAUCUUCUGCCAACAGUAGUCCUAAACAUUACCCGCCCACUUCAAGUACUAUGAUGUCUGUGGAAAAGAGAGUUCAAAUGAUGAAAAAGAAAGCUGCUAAAAAAUCUGAGAAAAAGAAAUAA